AUGAACUUCAUGAUUCCACCGCAAAGGAAGUUAACACUCGGCGCCAUGGAGCAGGUCGGGGUGCUUUCCCCAACGCAAAUUCGUCGCGAAAAGAUCCGCAUAUGGAAGAACGUUGUUGUUCUCAGCUUGGGUUUCUUGCUCCUCUUCAUGUCUUCCUCGAGCGUUAACGCACUGCAAAGCUCCAUUAAUCCUGACCAGGGCUUGGGUACCUAUUCGCUAACCGCCAUUUACGUCGGACUGGUUGUGUCGUCGUUGUUCCUCGUCACUUCGAUUAUCUGCAAGUUGACCGCGAAAUGGACUAUCGUGUUUUGCAACCUGUGUUACACGACGUUCAUAGCCGCGCAGUUUCAUCCGAGAUUUUAUACUUUGCUACCUACGGGGCUCUUGGUCGGGUUGGCUGCAGCUCCAUUGUGGUCAGCGAAAUGCUCGUACAUAUCUUUGGUUGGGAAGCGGUACUCAGAGCUGUGUGCUCUGCAACAACCGGGAACCCUAGAAUCCUCGGAACGUUCCACGGUCAUGCUUUUCUUCGGGGUAUUUUUCGCCACGUUUCAGUCGGCUGGGAUCUGGGGAAACCUCAUCACCUCCUCAGAUGUGAUGCCGGAGUGCGUGCUGGAACUUAUUCACUACUUCAGUUAUUAUAGUCUUUGGGACGACAUCAUUUCUUCCACCGCCAGCUUCUCAUCUUAUCAACACUGUUCAUCUUCAGAUGAUGAUUGCACGGAUGGUAAAGAUGGAGGAGGAAAAAUCGAUGCGUACCCAAUCCUUUCAUACGGCGUAACCGAGAGAAAUUCAACCGACGUUAGUUUUUGUGGGAAAAAUUUCUGCGAUGACUUGAUCGGUGAAGUGGAAACUUUGAGGAGACCUGUUGAAUGGAAAAUUCAUCUCCUAUCCGGGUUAUUCGCAACAACCGCGUUCUCCUCUGGUAUUUUCAUCGCCCUCCUCCUGGAUCCACUAUCACGAUUCCAGCAAGUUGCCGAACGGAAACGAAGUUGUGAUCUCCAGCUCCUGUUCGCUACGUUCACACAGCUCAGAAACGUAAACCAGGCGUUGAUCUUGGUUCUCGUAUUCUAUGGAGGGCUGGAGCAAGGCUUUUUCGAAGUGGAUUUCACCAGGGCUUACGUGGGAUGCACUUGGGGGAUCGAAAAUAUUGGAUACGUGUUCAUGGUCGGGAAAGCGAUGAAUGCUUUCGGGUCCGGGUUUUCCGGAUUGAUCGUGGAAUACACGGGUAGAAUCCCGGUGUUCCUUGCUGCAUUUUUGUUGAAUGUUGCGACACUGGCGUAUCUUCUGAUUUGGGAACCCACCAUGGACGAACACUACGUACUGUUCAUCAUGUCAGGAGCUUACAUGCUCGCUGAUUCUGUGUGGCAGACACAGAUCAAUGGGCUCCACGGAUUGCUUUUUCAUGAAAACGUGGAAGCAGCAUUUAGUGCGUACAAAGUGUUCGAGAGUCUUGGGUUCAUCAAGCGCAUAAAAAAGUCGUUCGUAAACACGCAGGCAUAUUUCAACAUGCGUGAGCACAACAAGCAUUUGUGCGUCCGUAUAAAGUUGUACGCACUCGUGUUCAUUCUCACGCUCGGUAUGGUUUGUUACGGCGUUUUGGAAUCUCGAGAGCGGAAGCGAGAAGUCUUCAGGGAU